AAUCCAAAAUCCAACCCGAUCCGACCCUCUUUGACUACGCCUUGAUUGUUUGGCCUUCGCAGCUAAAACCCUAAACCCUCACGACAUAGCAUUCCCUUCUGCGGUUCCGCCAGGUCUUCUCCCCAUCUCUGUUCAUCUCCCGUCAUGGCCUCGUCUUGCAACAGAUUCAUCUCUAGAUCAUCCCUGUCGUCCCUUAAAUCCGUCAUCAGAUCCAACGCUCCAAAAUCUCCUGUUAUCAGAUCAACCAUUUCGUCCUCUCCUUCUCCUCAUUCCCCCUCCUCUUCCCUUCCUCGCCGCUUCUCUUUCUCUUCCAGGGCUCCGUCUGAGCUGGGAUGCGUGCAGUCGCUGCUGCCGCUGCACAGCGCGGUGGCGACGGCGAGGAUGACUUCAUGCUUGAGCACGACAUCAAGGAGUUGCCGAGCACUUUCACAGGGUACACUCUGCUGCACCUCUCCCGGCCUCUAGUAGUUUAUUGCUAUGUUUUAGAGUGCACAUAAUUCGAAAGAAAUAAACUUGGGACCUGUCAAUUAUGGCCCACUGCAUCUUUAUCAAAUGGAGUUGAUGGUACGUGAAACAUGUGUGCUGUUUUUGGAGGUGGGUCCUGUCAUCAACUAUACAAGCUUGGUCUGUCAGUUCCAAGGUAACCUGUUGGGGGAAAAAGCUUUGUGAUGGGAGAUUGUCUUUGCAUGAUUGAAGAACCAAGGCCUAAUAGCUUUUCAAUACUGUGAAGAUUUUUUUGUCAAUUUAUAAGUGCGUGCUAAACCUUUAAAGCAGUGAAGCUGAUUAUGAGUCUUCAUAACAUAGGGGACCCAUCAACUGAAAUGUAACAAUUACAUGCUAUUGGUUAGUAUUGUCAUGCAGCCAUUAUAUGUUCAAUAGGCCCUAUGCAUUUCGUCC